GGUGGGAUGGAAUAAAAGUGCUCACGAGGGUUCAGGGAAUCCUUGCACAGUGACACGCUUAACGUAUCCUGGCUCCCGACCUGGUAUACGGGCUGCGCCCCGCCUAUGCAGGCAUUUGCCCUCUGUGCGGACUGCGUUCCCGAGGCCGCGGGCUACGCCCCCACGUCUCCGCGCCCAGGCCGUGAGCAAGAGUCUCGGCCGCCCUGGCCACCUGGGAGCCCCUGAAGCCCAGUAACUCGCUGGGGUCUUGGGAAGGGGGCGGGCCCAGGACCACGAACACCACCCCCUCAGCCCUGCCUGGCUUCGCUCCCAGCGGCUUCGGGGGCGCGCCGCCGUGGAGACCGACGAGAAGCUCCCCGCUUUCGUAAGAGCGUGCGCGCGCCCGAGGACGUACGUCAUCGGCGUCGGCUCCCGCCGGGCGGCCGGUGACCGGUGUAGCAGAACUGGAGCGGCGGGCGGCAAGAAAAAGGGCGAACAGGUGGGGGCACCGCACGCGGACGGACCCCCCCAAACGCCGGGAGGAGGCGCGCGACGCGACCUUUCCUGAUCUCCCGGAGAACCCUCCACUCCAUUGUCUCCUGGCCCCACCCUCCAUUGGACACGCCCUUCGCCUUAUCCCCCACCGCUUAUUGGCUACAGGUCACGCCCCUCCUCAAUUUCUGGUUCCCCAUUGGCUCUUCACCUUGUCCUCUCCCGGGGCUGCUUAUCCGCACAGGCCACACCCUCUCAUUUGUCACCAGACCCCACCUUUAGUAGUCGCGGGCUCCUCCCCCAUCUAUCCUUCAUUCAUUAUGCACCUAGUGCUGGGUGCUUGGUACAGGGGGUUGAAUCAGACCCCGUUCCUGCCUUCGGGGAGUUCAGGGGAUGGUGGGAGAACACGGACCUAGGCUCCGACAGUGACAGCUCUGAGUAAAGAAGUCGCCGAAGCAGUGGGACACUAGACGCGGGGAAGGCUUCCUGGAGGAAGUGAGGCCUAAACUGAGCCUUGAAGAAUGGUUGAGUUUGCUCCAGGAAUAUAUUGCAAAGGCAUUCUUGGCGGAAGGACCUGAGACGUGAAAGAAACAGGCGUAUUCUGGUAAUUUCGAGGAGAUGGAGAAAUAACAGCAUGUGUUUAUGCUGAUGGAAAGACUCCAGUAGAGAGGAAGAGAUUGAUGAUGUAGGAAGUGAUGGAAGUGAGUCGCUGAGCAGGCAAGGAAGCUCAGCAGCUGCAGCCUCUCCGGGCAGUCUCGGGGGAGAGACAAGAUUGGACUGAGUCCUGGAACAGAGUCAGGAUUCUAACUUGGAUUUCAACAGAUGGCUCAGAGGAGAGAAGGCAUUCUGGGGGGUACUGGCAGGUCGACAGUGUCGGGAGUUGGAGUGACCCGGCUGGAUGUGACCCCCAAGACAGAAUGGUGCUGGACUCCGGGGCUCAGGCGUAUGAUCAGGCACCCCCCAGCCCGCCUACCAGUCCCCCAUCCCUGCGCCAUAGGCUGAAGCCCUCAGACCGAGAUGGGCCACCACUGUACCCCUGGUCUCAGUCCCUGGCCUUGCCCCUGGCUCUGGCAGUCCCCCCAACACUGCAGCCCGAGCCUGAGCAGCAGCCCUUCUCACAGAUGCACCUGGGCCACCGUGGCCACAUGCGUCGCAGUGAGAGCACCUACUCUGUAAAUAGUACUGGCCGGCGGGGACGUGGCACCCUGGGACGGCCUCCACCUGGACGGGGACAGAACCCAGGUGGGGGCACCCUGCGGCCUGCAGCCUCCCUGCCUCACAUUGCUAAGACUCAAAGGGAUGCAGGCCAUAGUGCCAGCAAGAGCCCCUGCAUGUUGGUGGCCCUGCGGCCAACCAAUAUGGACCGUGAGCGGGACAAGUUCUUCCAGUCCCAUUACACCUACAAUCCACAGUUCGAGUACCAGGAGCCCAUGCCCACAGCUGUGCUGGAGAAGUACUGCGAGGCCUCUGGACAGUUCAUCCAUCAGGCAGUUGGCAUCAUUGAGGCUGUUCUGGAGAAGUUUGGAACCUAUGAACACUUUGAGGCUGCCACCGGGGGGCAGCUGCUCACCAAGUGCCAGAUAUGGUCCAUUGUGCGCAAAUACAUGCAGAAGGAGGGCUGCGUUGGGGAGGUUGUGGUGCAGCUGAGUGAGGACCUGCUGUCCCAGGCAGUGAUGAUGGUGGAGAACAGCCGGCCCACAUUGGCGAUCAACCUGACCGGAGCCCGCCAGUACUGGUUGGAGGGCAUGCUGCGGCAUGAGAUAGGCACCCAUUACCUGCGGGGCGUGAACAACGCGCGCCAGCCGUGGCACAACGCGGAGGGCCGGCUGCGGUACGGGCUGCGGCCGGCUAACCCCACGGAGGAGGGCCUGGCCAGCCUACACAGCGUGCUGUUCCGCAAGCAGCCGUUCUUGUGGCGCGCUGCGCUGCUCUACUACACCAUCCACCGCGCCGCGCGCAUGUCCUUCCGUCAGCUCUUCCAGGACCUGGCGCGCUACGUGCAGGACGCCGACGUGCGCUGGGAGUAUUGCGUGCGUGCCAAGCGCGGCCAGACCGACACCUCGCUGCCAGGUUGUUUCAGCAAGGACCAGGUGUACCUGGACGGCAUCGUGCGCAUUCUGCGACAUCGCCAGACCAUCGAUUUCCCGCUGCUGACCUCACUGGGCAAGGUGUCCUAUGAGGAUGUGGACCACCUGCGGCCCCAUGGGGUGCUGGAUAAUACCCGGGUGCCCCACUUCAUGCAGGACUUGGCACGCUACCGGCAGCAGCUGGAGCACAUUAUGGCCACCAACCGGCUGGAUGAGGCAGAGCUGGGUCGCCUGCUACCUGACUGAUGUCCGUUGAGGGCUGCAGACAGAGGCCCUGGACAGAAGCUCCAAAUAGGCCCCCAGAACAUGAAGCUGUUUGCUCCGUGCUUCCACGGCCUGGGUGUUUCUUGGGGGUGUUGGGAGGGCAGGAGCAUUCCUUGAGGAGGAGUGGCAACAUCAAAGGGUUUGUGUCCCUUGCUAGCCUCCCUGGGGCCUGGGGACCUGCAGCAGCAUGUCUGGCAAACUGAGUCCCCCUCCUGCCUCCAGCUCUCUGUUGAGCAGAGGGAAGGCAUGGGGGCAGGAAGGGAGCUUGGCAUUGAUGGGGAUGGGGGUGGUUUGGGAAUAGAAACUUGUUCUUGCAUGAGAUGGCUUUGGUUGUCCCAGUACUCCAGUCUCCCUUCCCUCACCUGGCCCCUUGGUGCUCCUUCAGCAGUCGUGCUGUCUACCUCUCACUGGGUCCUGGUGGGGGUUGGGAUCUCUUCUCCUGGGGUGAUUGAUGGCCUGAGCCUGGGGUCCUGGUAGUAGAGACCCAGCUGGUCUGGGGUCUGCUUUCUGACAUUUUGCCUCUGUCACUGGUCAUAUAUUUAUUCCAUAUUUAUAUGGUCUACUUCCUGUGACUGGGAGCAGCAGCUCCUGAAGGUUUUGUGGGCGGGGGAACAGGACAUUCCUUCCUGGAAGGCACCAAUUUUCCCAGCCCCACUCCCAUUACACACACACACACACACACACACACAGUGAUUCAGGCCUUGAGAGUCAAGCCCAAGAGCUCCCUUGGCCCUGUCACCACUCCCUCUACUGGCCUCUGCUGUUCCUGUCUUUGCUCACACCCUUACAGCUGCUCUCUAGCAGAGGUUGGCAUAGCCUAGGAGCAGCUGCAAUUGCGCCUGAGGGACAGGCCCUAGAGUUUGGUGGCCCAAGUCCUGAACCCCUCUUGGACCAGGUGAGGUGCAGAGGUGGUUGCUGCUUCCAGUUUCCCUUCAGACUUAGCUGUAUGAGCCCCACUCCUAUCCUUUGGCCUUAGUUUUCCCAUCUGCAAAACUCAGAAACACAGUUGGAAAGUCCUUGUUCAUUUAGUCAUUGAAUAUAUUAUAAUAUGUAUAGAGCGCCUUUUGUGUAAGUUACUGGUCAGAGUCCUCACUGAGCUCCCAGUUCAGAGGGAAGCCAGACAAUUAAAACAGUAAUGACAA